AUGAAGUUUGAGAAAGUGAGUAUAGUAAAGGACCUUGGUUACACCGGAUCAUCCAUUGAUCUGGCAUUGUCUGAAAACAGGAGGUAUCUUGUAUCUGUAGGUGUUUAUAAGCCUUCUGUCAAGAUCUAUGAUCUGGAGAAUGUGGCUCUAAAGGUGGAAAGACACUUAGAGUCUGACCCAAUAAAAGUGUUACCUCUUGCGGAGGAUUCCUCAAAGAUCUGCAUUAUUCGGAAUGACAGGACUAUGGAGUUUCAUGCCAGAUACGGAUAUCAUGAAGGAGUCAAAACACCUACACUAUGCUUUGAUGGCUGCCUCAACAAGUUCAGAGCCGAAGUCAUGAGUGGAGGAAAAGGACCAAGCAUCUAUAGAUUCAAUUUGGAUCAAGGGAGAUUUCUAAGAAGUUACGUUGUAACUAUGGAUGAGGUGUGCUCGAUUAGGAUGAGCGAAUGCAAUGGGCUGAUUGGGGUUGGAGGAGGCAAAAUGGUGCAGUUUAUUGAUCAAAGAUGUAGGGAGAUAGUUAAAACUGUUGAAUACAAUGAAUCCCCAUCAAGCGUAGACUUCUCUGAUAACGGAAUAGAUUUUGGGGUUGGGACAAGUGAAGGGAUUGUCUAUUUCCAUGAUUUGAGAGCCAGGAGGGCAUUACUCACCAUCAAACACGAUAAGAAAGUCAAGAAAAUUCUAUUUAAUGGAAAAAUACUAGUCAGUAUGGACAAGCAUGGAUUAAAGUAUUGCAACAAGUCCGGGAUUGUUGGGGAAUAUCCUAGAGAUGUUGAAGUGAAUUGCUUUACAUGCAAUGGAGGAGUUACUUUUAUAGGAUUUGAUAAUGGAGAAAUAGAUGAAGUAAUAUCUGAGGACCUUGGGGAGGUUCCGCAGCAGUACAAAGUACUUUGA